GCUCAGACCUGAGGAGAGGCUUGGAGCGAGCAGACGUCCUCACGGCUCACGAGGGCGAGGCUCAGCUAUUAGCCUUUCAGAAAGAUGGAUAGAAGAAAUGACUAUGGUUAUCGGGUGCCCACAUUCCAGGGCCCUCCGCCUCCCUCUGGGAGCCUAGGGCUUCCUUUCUCUCCAGAUGUACAGAGGGAGACCACAGAAAAGGACGGCGUCCCAGUGACACAUACCCAGUUGCCAGCAACCAAUGACCCACCAGUUAGCAACCGAUCUAAGAAAAACAGGAACAAGAAGAAGAAGAAGAAGAAUAAGCCUAACGCUAACACCACACCCGCUCCCCCUCCAGUCCCAUCUGCCAAUGAUAAUGCUAGCAACAAGCCUAAAGUAACUUUGCAGACUUUAAACCUACCAAUGUUCACCCAGAUCAAUCAGGCUUCAGCUACUACAGAGGCACCCAAUACCCAGGCUUCAGUUACUGCUCAGACCAAGAAUGCCAAGACACAGAGAGUUACUCCCAAGGUAUCCCAAACUGGCAGUGACGAUGUCAGUACACAGCCCAAGCCACCAUUACAGGCCCUAAACCUGCCAGUUACUGCACCAACUAUCCAGUCUUCAGUUGCCAAUGAGUCAGCUAAUUCCCAGGCCUUGACAGCUAUGGGCAAAUCCAAGAACGCCUCUAAGGGAAAGAAUAAAGCUGCCAAUAAGAAUGUACCUAGUGCCACUGAGAUCUCACUGGCUUCGGCUGCCACCCACACACCUACUACCCAAGGCCAAAGUGCUACUACCCAAGGCCAAGCUGCUACUACCCAGGGCCACGCUGCUACUACUCAAGGCCAAGCUGCUACUACCCAGGGCCACGCUGCUACUACUCAAGGCCAAGCUGCCAGGGAGACAGGUAGUAUCCAGGCUACAGCAGCCACUGGCCGAAACAAGAAAAGUCCCAAAGGAAGAAGAACACCUGUUAAGACCACAAAUACAGACCCUGAAUAUGUAGAGCCCUCAAAUGCCACUGAGGUAGCUAGCAGACAGAUUGAGGCAUCAGCUGUGGUUCCUAGGUCCAAAAAGCCCAAGGGGAAGAAGGCUAACAAUAAAGGCCCAAAUUCUGCUUCUGAGACGUCUGAGGCUCCACCUGCCAUUCAAAUGGUCUCAAACCAUGCCCUAUCAGUCACUGUACAGAUUAGGAGAGGGUCUAGGGCUCGAAAGGCUGCCAAUAAAGCUCGGGCAACUGAAAGCCAGCCUCAGAUCAAUGACCAAGGAGCUCAGGCCUCUCAGGAAAACAUAAAUGCCCUGGAGACUCACGUUGCUGCUGCUGUCCAGGCCUUGGCAGAUGACUAUCUGGCUCAGUUGACCUUAGAACCCACAACCAGAACCCGGGGCAAGAGGAACCGGAAGUCUAAGCAUCCCAAUGGAGAUGAGAGAACUGGGAAUUUCAGACGGUUCCCAUGGGGCAGGAGGCUUCCACCACCCCGAGAUGUGGCCAUUUUGCAGGAAAAGGCAAAUAAGUUGGUGAAAUACCUGUUGCUUAAAGACCAGACAAAGAUCCCAAUCAAGCGCUCAGACAUGCUGAAGGAUGUCGUCCAAGAAUAUGAGGAUUAUUUCCCGGAGAUCAUUGAACGAGCAAGCUAUGCUCUGGAGAAGAUGUUUCGAAUCAAUCUGAAGGAAAUUGAUAAGCAAAAUAGCUUGUAUAUUCUUCUCAGCACUCAGGAGUCCUCUUCAGGCAUACUGGGAACGACCAAGGACACACCUAAGCUGGGCCUCCUCAUGGUGAUUCUGAGUGUUAUUUUCAUGAAUGGCAACAAGGCCAGUGAGGCUGUCAUCUGGGAUGUGCUGCGCAAGUUGGGGCUACACCCUGGGGUAAAACAUUCACUCUUUGGAGAAGUGAAGAAACUCAUCACAGAUGAAUUUGUGAAGCAGAAAUAUCUGGAAUACAAGAGGGUCCCCAACAGCCGACCACCUGAGUAUGAAUUCUUCUGGGGCCUCCGGUCUUACCAUGAGACUAGCAAAAUGAAAGUCCUGAAAUUUGCAUGCAAGGUACAGAAGAAAGAUCCCAAAGAAUGGGCUGCUCAGUACCGCGAGGCAGUUGAGAUGGACAUUCAGGCUGCAGCUGUGGCUGUGGCUGAGGCUAAGGCCAGGGCUGAGGCAAGAGCCCAAAUGGGGAUUGGAGAGGAAGCUGUGGCUGGGCCCUGGAAUUGGGAUGACAUGAAUAUUGACUGCCUAACAAGGGAAGAGUUGGGUGAUGAUAUGCAGCCCUGGACCAGAUUUUCCUUUGAAAUUGAACCCAGAGCCCAAGAAAAUGCAGAUCCCACCAUUGAUGUCAACUUCAACCAAGGAGCUAGUACCAGAAAUAGCUUCAGUGAUGGUGCUAGUGUUAGUUUUGGUGGUAUAGCCAACCCCAGUGGUGGGUUUGGUGGCCUAUCUAACCCCAGUGGUGGCUUUGGGGGCAGAAAUGGCAUUACCUUUGGGAGUGUGCCCAACACCUCUGCCAACUUCAGCAAUGUACCGAGCAUUAGCUUUGGAGACCCACCUACCACUAGCACCAGUUUCAGUGGCACACCCAGUACUAGUGCCACUUUGUGUAACACAGCGAGCAUUAGCUUUGGUGGUGCACCCAGCACUACCACCAGCUUAAGCAACACGGCGAGCGUUAGCUUUGGUGGUGCACCCAGCACUACCACCAGCUUGAGCAACACGGCGAGCGUUAGCUUUGGUGGUGCACCCAGCGUCGGGAAUAGUUUCAGUGGUGGAUCCAGCAUUAGCUUUGGUGGUGCUCCUACCACCAGUACCAAUAUCAGUGGUGGAGCCAGUAUUAGUUUUGGUGGUGCACCUUCUACCAGUGCCAGUUUCAAUGGUGGAGCCGGCUGUGGCUUUGGAGGCACACUUAGCAGUAUCAGCACUGGCUUUAGUGGUGCACUCAGCACAAGCACCAGCUUUGGCAGUGCACCGACUACAAGCACUGUCUUCAGUGGUGCAGUCAGCACCACCACUGGCUUUGGAGGCACACUUAGCACCAGUGUCUGCUUUGGUAGUUCUCCCUACUCUGGUGCUGGCUUUGGAGGCACACUCAGUACCAGUAUCUCCUUUGGUGGUUCUCCUAGCACCAAUACUGGUUUUGGUGGGACACUUAGCACCAGUGUUUCCUUUGGUGCGUCUUCUAGCACCAGCUCUGGCUUUGGUGGCACACUAAGCACUAGUGUCAGCUUUGGUGGCUCUUCUGGUGCCAGUGUUGGCUUUGGCGGUACACUCAACAGCAGUACCAGCUUUGGUGGUUCCAUCAGCACCAGCACUGGCUUUGGCAGUGCACUCAACAGCAGUGCCAGCUUUGGGGGUGCACUCAAUAGCAGUGCCAGCUUUGGGGGUGUACUCAAUGGCAGUGCUGGCUUUGGCGGUGCCAUCAGCACAAGUGCCACCUUUGGUGGUGUACUCAAUGGCAGUGCUGGCUUUGGGGGUGCCAUGAGCACCAGUGCCACCUUUGGUGGUGCACUGAAUAGCAAUGCUGGCUUUGGUGGUGCACUGAAUAACGGUGCUGGCUUUGGGGGUGCCAUGAGCACCAGUGCCAGCUUUGGUGGUGUGCUGAAUAACAGUGCUGGCUUUGGGGGUGCCAUCAGUACGAGUGCCAGCUUUGGUGGUGCGAUGAAUAACAGUGCUGGCUUUGGGGGUGCCAUCAGUACGAAUGCCAGCUUUGGUGGUGCGCUGAAUAACAGUGCUGGCUUUGGGGGUGCGCUGAAUAACAGUGCUGGCUUUGGGGGUGCCAUCAGUACGAAUGCCACCUUUGGUGGUGCGCUGAAUAACAAUGCUGGCUUUGGGGGUGCCAUCAGUACAAAUGGCAGCUUUGGUGGUGCGAUGAAUAACAGUGCCAGCUUUGGGGGUGCAAUCAGCACCAGCCCUGACUUUGGUGGUGCAUUUAGUACCAGUGUUGGCUUUGGUGGCACACUUAGUACCACUGACUUUGGUAGUACCCAUAGCAACAGCAUUAGCUUUGGCAGUGCUCCCACUACCAGCGUUAGCUUUGGUGGGUCUCAAAGCACUAACCUCUGUUUUGGUGGAGCACCCAGCAACAGUCUCUGUUUUGGCAGUGCAUCUAACACCAACCUAUGCUUUGGAGGCUCUUCCAGCACCAACUCCUGCUUUAGUGGUGCUACCAGUGCCAAUUACAGUGAGGGGCAAAGCACCAGUGGGAUUUUCAGUUUGGGGAAUGGGCUAAGUACCAGUGCUGGCUUUGGAAAUGGGUUGGGCACCAGUGCUGGCUUUGGCAACAGUCUAGGUACCAGCACUGGCUUUGCUGGAAGCUUAGGUCCCAGUGCUAGCUUCAACGGUGGCCUGGGCACCAACACUGGGUUUGGUGGUGGACUAGGCACCAGCACGGGUUUUAGUGGUGGAGUAAAUCAUAAUGCUGACUUCAAUGGAGGACUGGGUACCAGUGCUGGCUUCAAUGGUGGACUAAACAGUAACACUGAUUUUGGUGGUGAACUGGGCACGAGCGCUGGCUUUGGUGAUGGACUGGGAAGCAGCACCGGCUUUGGUGGUGGACUGGUCACUAGUGAUGGCUUUGCUGGUGACCUGGGUACCAAUACUGGUUUUGGCGGCACACUUGGCACUGGUGCAGGCUUUAGUGUAAGCCUCAGCAAUGGCAAUGGCAAUGGCUUUGGCAAUGGGCCUAAUGCCAACUUCAACAGAGGACUGAAUCCCAUCAUUGGCUUUGGCAGUGAUUCCAACUCCAGCAGUGGCUUUACUGGUGAACCCAACACUGGCUCCAACUUCAGUAAUGGACCCAGUUCUGUUGUUGGCUUUAGUGGUGGACCAAGCGCUGGUGCUGGCUUCUGCAGUGGACCAAGCACUGGUGGCUUUGGUGGUGGACCAAGUACAGGACCUGGCUUCGGUGGACCCAGCACUGGAGGUGGCUUUGGAGGACCAAGCACUGCUGCUGGCUUUGGUAAUGGACUGAGCACCAAUGCUGGAUUCAGCGGUGGACCACCAAACACCGGUAAUGGCUUUGGUGGUGGACCGAACACCAAUGCUGGAUUCGGCGGUGGACCACCAAACACCGGUAAUGGCUUUGGUGGUGGACCGAACACCAAUGGUGGAUUCGGCGGUGGACCACCAAGCACCGGUACUGGCUUUGGUGGUGGAAACGCUAACCACGGCGCCUGUGGCUUCCCUUACGGCUAGUGAAGUUUCAGGCUUGCUUCCCCUGUUUACAGACAACGCUAAGUGCAGCAGUACCUCCCGAGGAGCCAAUGUGCAGCUUUGGAAUUGUCCACCCAGCAGCCUAAGCUCUAUUACCCAUCAGCUGAGUGAAACACUGAAAAAAAUCUGCUGUCCCUGCUUUGUGUUUGCUUCCUGUGUUGUUGUUGUAUUUUGGUAUCAGAGUUACAUUAAAUUUGCCAAAGGAA